AUGCUGACAAACCUCUUCUUCCUCGGGCUCGUCGGGCAGGUCGCCGCCACGCCGGAAACAUUUGUUGCCCUGAAUAUGAGUGACCGGACAUAUUGUGCUGCAUUCACGACCCAGAUUGAGGGCCAGCUGAAACUCAACAACGACAACGAGACGUCUACCUACAACUGGAAGAUGGGCGGAAACGAUUCGCAUGCCCUCGACUUCUGCUCGGCAAAAAUUCACCCAAAUGGCAGCUACGAAUUGGAGCACUGGGCGCUGAUCGUUCAGCCCAGUUCAGGCAUUCCGCUCGUGAAUGCCCUCACUCUCAAACAGCCCCAAAACGUGUCGGGCGUGAUGUUGGGGGCUGGAGCGGAUGGAUAUUCGUGCGCGGAGGUUCGAUUGCCGCUUGAAAACGGAUCGGUGAUGGUGUUCAAGAAUAUGCAGAUGUUGACCAACCUCUUCUUUCUGGGUCUCGUCGGGCAAGCUGCUACGACGCCGGAGACGUUCGCUGCCCUGAAUAUGAGUGAUGGGACGUUUUGUGCUGUUUUUACGACUGAAAUUGAGGGCCAGCUCAAGCUCAACGCCGACAACGAGACGUCCAGUUACAGCUGGAAGAUGGGUGUGCGCGGGAAUGACUCGCAUGCACUCGGCCUGUGUUCGGUAAAGUCGGACAGCGGCCUGGAUGCUAAUGCUUUUUUGAUUCCGAUCGACCAGCCGGAAAUCACGCCGGAUAAUAGCUUGUUUGACGACGGUGAGCUUAACAAAACGGAGCCCUGGAUUGCAGUCAUCGGACAACACGCAAAUGGCAGCUACGAGUUGGAGCGUUGGGCUCUGGUCGUCCAGCCCAGGCCCGGAAUGCCGCUUGUCGAACCCGUCACUCUCAAGGCGCCCGAGAAUGCUUCGGGAAUCAUGUUGGCGAGUGGAACGGAUGGAUAUUCGUGCUCUGAGGUUAGGCUACCGCUAGAAGACGGUUCGGUGAUCGUCUUGAAGAAUGUCAAGGUUGCCGCCUUUCAGAGCUUCAAGGAGCCAAAGUUUCCGGAGGGACAGAAAUUCGUCGACUGCAAGCAUGAAGUCGUCACGUCAUCGUCCCUCCCUGUCCUCAUCGGGGUCUUCCUUGCCGUCGUCGUUGCCUGUGCUUUCGUCGGGGUAGGAGUCGUGCUUUACAAGCGACACCUUGAACGUACUGAAGUCGGGUACACUGAUUUC